AUGGCCAACCUAAGUGAAAAGACAGCGGAUGAACUCUGCGCGCUGCUCGAUGAGUAUGGGGUCAAACACGGGCCCAUUGUGGACUCCACCAGAGGAUUGUACGAGAAGAAACUACGAGAGGCCAUGACCAAAGCAAAGAAGUCUUCACCAGACAAAACUUACUACAGAGAAGAAGAAGAGGAAGUUGUGACAUAUGUGACCCGAACUCCUGUCAGAACAGGGCCAAUAGGUGACAGUGGGGCAUAUAUGAGGUCGAGACCAGAGUGGACGGAAAGGGAAUACCAAAAUGAAGCGUCAUACUCGAGCCAUUCAAGACCCACGUCUGAUCACAGAGGAAGAGAUUAUAUUGAUGAACCAUACACCUACAGCACGCCAACCUCCUACAAAAGCUACAAUUUAAAAUCGACACCAGCAACUUAUGAAGAUGUUAAGAGCCCAGUUGCUCCUUUAGCCCCAAAAUCCACCGGCCUCGUCCCGCCCUGGUUCCAAGUUGUGUUUUUCCUCGUGGUGCUUGUUUUCCUCUACAUUAUAUUCUCCAGCAUGGAGUCAAAUGAGCCAAUGAAAGGCAUUGAGUGA